GGAUCGCUGGCUUGAUAUGACGUCCUCACCGUACUCCACCGCGUCGCUGAAGUCAGCAUACGGUCGUAAUCGCUGGAAUGGCCUGCAACUGGCGACGAUUGACCCGGUAGCUAACAUGCCAGAAAUCCGCACCCUGGCUUGCAUCGACCUGCUGGAGGUGAAAGGCCAAAGCGCACCCCUCCUCGUUCUCUCGACCGACGUACGAACUCCCAAAGUAUCCCAAAUACUCGCUAAUCCGCGCGUACAAGUGCUCUGGUGGUUCGGCGACACCCACGAACAGUUCCGCAUCUCCGGAGUGGCAAGCAUCGUCGCCGCCCCGGGUACCCCGACCUACGACUCGCUGAAAGACAAGAUCAAUCUCCCAGGAGACGUCGACCUCGAGACGAAACGGGUGGAGGUCUUCAAUGCGAUGCCGAACUACAUGUCCCACUACCUCCGUCCGACAUGGGGCACGCCCCUGCGCAAGGCGCCUCACAGCGAAACGUGGCCCAAGGUAACGCUACCGACGGAGAACAGUUCCGACGAAGAUAAACUGCACUACGAAGAAGCGCUCAAGAACUUCUCGCUGAUCGUCAUCGAGCCCGUGGUGGUGGACUAUCGUUCACAGCAGGAGAGGGUUGUGUCGAAGAAGUUGGACAACGGUCUCUGGGAGAACGAACCCGUGGUCAUGCCAUGAUCCAAGGCUCCGUCCCCGUGCAGAGCGAUGUAAGCACAACGGUCGUAAAGCUGUAACGUUGUGUAGUAUCUUGAAUCGAUCCGAGUUGUG